CGUGCUGCGGGCCGUUAGCUGUCAGUGGAGCGGCGGCGGCGGGCUGCGGGUCUGGCGUCUGUGGGGGCCAGGCCGGCUAACUGACUGAACGCGCGCGGCCGCGGCGGCGGGAGGCAGCGCGGCCCCGGCUCCCCGCCAGGUCAGCAGGGACCCGCCGGCGGCCCGCUUCGCAGGCAAGAUGGGGAACCGGGAGAUGGAGGAGCUGAUCCCGCUGGUGAACCGGCUGCAGGACGCCUUCUCGGCGCUGGGACAGAGCUGCCUGCUGGAGCUGCCGCAGAUCGCCGUGGUGGGCGGCCAGAGCGCCGGCAAGAGCUCGGUGCUCGAGAACUUCGUGGGCAGGGACUUUCUCCCUCGAGGGUCCGGCAUUGUAACGAGAAGGCCUCUUGUGCUGCAGCUUGUUACUUCCAAAGCAGAAUAUGCUGAGUUUCUACAUUGCAAAGGAAAAAAAUACACAGAUUUUGAUGAAGUUCGCCAUGAAAUUGAAGCAGAAACAGAUCGAGUGACUGGAAUGAAUAAAGGCAUUUCCUCAAUCCCCAUUAAUUUACGAGUCUAUUCCCCACAUGUGUUAAAUCUAACCCUUAUUGAUUUACCUGGAAUUACUAAAGUGCCGGUGGGAGAUCAGCCACCAGAUAUUGAGUAUCAGAUCAGAGACAUGAUUAUGCAGUUCAUCACACGGGAGAACUGUCUGGUUUUGGCUGUCACCCCAGCCAACACAGAUCUUGCAAACUCAGAUGCAUUGAAGCUAGCUAAAGAAGUUGAUCCUCAAGGUCUAAGAACCAUUGGAGUCAUCACCAAACUGGAUCUUAUGGAUGAAGGAACGGAUGCCAGGGAUGUUUUAGAGAACAAGCUCCUGCCUCUUCGCAGGGGUUACGUGGGGGUGGUAAACAGAAGCCAGAAGGACAUAGAUGGGAAGAAGGACAUUAAAGCUGCCAUGCUGGCAGAAAGGAAAUUCUUUCUCUCACACCCGGCUUACAGACAUAUUGCUGACCGGAUGGGGACCCCACACCUGCAGAAGGUCCUUAAUCAGCAACUUACCAACCACAUUCGAGAUACCCUCCCAAACUUCAGGAACAAGCUACAGGGACAGUUGCUCUCCAUAGAACACGAAGUGGAAGCCUACAAAAACUUCAAGCCGGAAGACCCCACCAGGAAGACCAAAGCUUUGCUGCAAAUGGUUCAGCAAUUUGCCGUGGACUUUGAGAAGAGGAUAGAGGGGUCAGGGGAUCAGGUGGACACCCUGGAGCUCUCAGGGGGUGCUAAGAUCAACCGCAUUUUCCAUGAACGUUUCCCUUUUGAGAUAGUAAAGCUGGCCAACUUCCCCAGACUCUGUGAGGAAACAGAGAGGAUUGUUGCUAACCACAUUCGCGAGCGAGAGGGGAAGACAAAGGACCAGGUACUUCUAUUGAUAGACAUCCAAGUUUCCUACAUCAACACCAACCACGAAGAUUUCAUUGGCUUUGCAAAUGCUCAGCAGAGGAGCAGUCAGGUUCACAAGAAAAACACAAUUGGAAAUCAGGUGAUUCGCAAGGGCUGGUUAACCAUCAGCAACAUUGGCAUCAUGAAAGGAGGCUCUAAGGGAUACUGGUUUGUCCUUACUGCUGAAAGCUUGUCCUGGUACAAAGAUGAUGAGGAAAAAGAAAAGAAGUAUAUGCUUCCUUUGGACAACCUGAAAGUUCGGGAUGUGGAAAAGAGCUUUAUGUCUAGCAAGCACAUUUUUGCACUCUUUAAUACAGAACAAAGGAAUGUGUACAAAGACUAUCGCUUCCUUGAGCUGGCAUGUGAUUCCCAGGAGGAUGUGGACAGCUGGAAAGCAUCUCUGUUAAGAGCUGGGGUUUAUCCUGAUAAAUCUUUAGGGAACAGCAAAACUGAAAAUGAUGAGAAUGGCCAAGCAGAAAACUUUUCCAUGGACCCACAACUGGAGAGGCAAGUGGAGACCAUUCGCAACCUCGUGGACUCCUACAUGUCUAUUAUCAACAAAUGUAUCCGAGAUUUAAUUCCAAAAACGAUAAUGCACCUUAUGAUCAAUAAUGUGAAAGAUUUCAUAAAUUCAGAGCUCCUAGCACAGCUAUAUUCUUCAGAGGACCAAAACACUCUGAUGGAGGAAUCCGCUGAACAGGCCCAGCGCAGGGACGAGAUGCUCCGAAUGUACCAAGCCCUUAAAGAGGCCCUCGUGAUCAUCGGCGACAUCAACACUGCCACCACGUUCACCCCCGCACCGCCUCCUGUGGAUGACUCCUGGAUCCAGCACUCCCGCAGGUCACCCCCUCCAAGCCCCACCACACAGCGGAGGCCCACCCUGAGCACCGUGCCCCCACGGCCCACGCCUGGCCGGGGACCUGCACCUGCCGCCCCCUCACCAGGACCCCACGCAGGGGCGCCCCCAGUGCCCUUCCGGCCUGGCCCGUUACCUCCGUUCCCCAGUGGCAGUGAUGCGUUUGGGGCGCCUCCGCAGGUCCCGUCCCGGCCAGCCAGGGCUCCGCCCAGCGUCCCCAGCCGGAGACCACCCCCAUCACCAACUCGUCCCACUAUAAUCCGUCCACUAGAAUCCUCCCUGUUAGACUAAACCAAGUGUCUGGCAUGGCAAUUAAUUACUAAUGAAUUAUGCAAAAGUAGCACAUUUGGUAACUGUCGCAGUAAACCAUGAGUAGUCGCAUGUGUGGAUACCAGUAGGCAAGUAACCAGUUUGACUAAUUCAUUCAUCACUCAUCCUCAUUGCUGGUGGUAUGUCAAACCUUUGGGGCUUGACUCUUGAAAACUGCUGACCCUUCGAGGCAUUUUUUGUCGCCCUGAGUGAGGUAGGUUUGUGCAGUGGCCCUGUGCUUUGGGGACCACUUGCCCACCCUGGCAUAUAUUUGAAAUCGCUUUGGACAAGUUUUGCAGAUUAACUACCAGAUAGCCUAUUAAACAUAAUUCUUAAGAGAUAGUAGAUGGUGGACUUAUUUGCUUAAGCCAUGCACAUUCAUUUUCCCAUGUUCUGUUCUAGCUGACAGAAAUUAUGUUGUCUAUUAUUAAUGUUUCCUCCUACUCCAUAAUUACUUAUUUAGAUCCUCUUUCCUUUCUGUUUAUUUCAUAAGACUGCUAGGAAGUGGUUUUUUAAAUUAAGACUCCUUAAGAAUAAAACUUUUCCAAAAGCACAGUGUAAUUUGCAAAGGAAAAGUUAAUGUAUUGCUUGCUCUAGAGAGCUUCCCCCCAUGCCAAUAUGUUUUGCUUUCAUGCUAGAAGCAUAUUCCACAGUGUAUUAAAGCUUGUGUUUUUGUAGUCAGUAGAUUUGGCUAGUUUCAGAGUUCAAGGAAGAAGCAAAAUAUCACAUCUCUAGAAGCAUCUGGAAAACUAUAAUUUCUUUAUUCACCUAUUAUUCACCUCCUCAUAGAUUAUAGGGAAGGUGGAUAUGGAAUAUAUUUAAUUUUUCUUAUCAAUCUAAUUUUAGGCAUGGCUAACUACACUGUGACAUUAACUGCAGUUCAUUUAUUUAUUUGGUUGGUUGGUUGGAACAAAGAUAUAUGUCUCUUUUUGUGCUAACUUGUAAUUCCCUUACGUAAGAAUUUAUCCUGCCUUUUAAACAGUAACUUUCUAUCCAUUCUGGGCUUUCUUAGUACAUCUCCAGCCUUACUAUAGGACAACCAUAUUUAAAGAAUGGGACCUGGUGUGGAAAGAAAAAGCAUUUAAUAAGAGAUGCCAUGGUUUUUAAGAGCAGCACUCACGCUUUUACAGUCCGGCAACUUCAGAGUCUCUAUCCAGGUCAUUCCAGAAAACAGUAUUAAGACAUUGAGAUCUAAAGCAAAUUGGCAAAUUCUAAAAUUUCUAAAAUUUACAAGCACAGUUUAGCCUGGGGGUUAAUAGUUCAGUCUGGAAGCUAAAUUUUAGACUAGGUAAGACCAGAUGAUUAGCAUGUCGGAAACAGCCAGGAGCCAACUGGAAUUUUGUCUGCAAACUGUUCCAGACAGCAGACCCAGUAUUUACCGAAUAGUGGUGUCCCACGACGCUAUUUCAUAUUCUACAGAAGUAAAUCAGGUUUCACCGACUGAAAUGUCGCCCCUUGAAAGCAGCAAAUGUGAUUUGUAUGUUAACUGAACUUUAAUUUCCUGUGUAGUUUAUACACAAGCAGACAUCCAUAAAGUAUGGAGUAAAAACUCUUAACCAUUCAUUAUAAAAAAGAGAAUUUGCCAAGCUGAAUGGCAUUGUUUUGAAUUUAUUCUAAAGGGUUACAGCUAGCCCACUUAUAAUAGGCAAAAAUUAGAGAAUACAAGAUUUACAAAAAGGCGUUUCAACUUUUAAGUUAAAAGUGAUUGUAUAAAGAACACCACUCUACAUCUUGUAUCUCAUUUCUCAUUGGAAAAAAAGAUUAACUCUUUGUGGAUGGAAUAGAUGUGCAAGUACAUACUGGAUAUUAAAUAGAGCACCACAGCUAAAUGGAAAUAUGUUAAAUAAGUAUCCACAGUAAAAUGAAUAAUCUACAGCGAGACCUUUUCAGAAAAGUCCCUCUUUUUAGGAUUCCCUUUGCUUCUUCCUUUGAAUUCUCUAAAAUAGGCAGCUAACGGAUUAUGUACUUCAUGGUUUGGCUUUGUGCUAAAUGUGGUUUCGUGUUUUGCUGUAUUUCAAAAAUUUCUUUCUGUUAAAGGAAAAUAUUGUGAAUAACCACUGAUGUGUUCUUAGAUCAGCACAAACCAUGUCAAAGAAAAUUGGAGCUAUUUUUCCAAGUUUCUUUCCACUGAUCUUAUGCAGUCAUAAACAAUAGCAUUCGUCAUCUUUGGCUUUUGUUCUCAGAUUAUAACCCCACAGUUUCCCUGUCCCACUUGUCUCUCUUUAUGGGUAAAUUUUUGUUCUGUUUUCCUUCUAAGUCCUGUCCAAUAGCCCCUAGUCUCCCCUGGAAUUUCAGCAAUCAUGUUGGAGUAUUUUCAGUUUGCUGCAGUACUGUGUCCUAUGAUUAAUAUUAAUCCCAUUUCCCAAAGGGUUUGCAUCCUUCUUAAAGGAGAUGUCACUGUGAACGAACUUAGAAGCUCUAGGACUCCAUAGCUUCAAUGGCAUCGUUUGUAUCAGGCCUUAAGAUGGGAAUGUAGCUGAAUGAGCUUUCUAAGUGUUUCCCACACCACUUCUAAUCUUUUGUGUAACUUCCUCUGAACUGAUUGCUCUGAUGUUGUCUACACAAUAGAUGUCUAGUAUAGUAAAAUAAAAUACAUGGUGUUUUUAAGAUUUGGAAAAAUUAAGUGUAUAUGUUUAUUUGAUGGGUAAAUCUAUUUUAUUGUCACAUGCUAAAUCUUGCAUGCUUGUUGACUAAUUGGAAUAACCAUUUACUCAGUUGUGAACAGAUUAUUGAAAUAGUAUUGAUUUAGAACAGAUAUAUUACAUUUUCAGAAGGCAUCCACCAUGGCUGUUCUUCUGAAUAUUGAUUUUAGCUAUGUUUUGUAACAUAGAAGAGCAGUAGAAUCUCUUUAUUAGCAAAUUGCCUACUUGUUCAGAUACAAACUCAUUCUAUUCCAAAACAUGAUAAUAAAACCAGUUCCUGUGAUAUAACUAUAAGCCUUCUGAACUUAGAAUUAAAAGGUAGUCAUAUAGAUUAAUUUUAUGGCUCUUUUAGUAUAGACUGUAGCCAUAAUUCACAAAUAUGAAAUGGGACCUAAUACCAGUAUGUGAUAAAUGUUGAUGUUUUCUGUGUACAAACACAUUUUCUAUGCACGUUUCUCUAUGUGUACAGUAAAUAUAUAUAUAUAUAUAUAGUAAAUUCAUUUCUGUAAGUACAUGUAUUUUGUGCCCCUUUGGGUAAGUAGGUUUAAAAUCACUUGUUAAAAUGCCACAAGCAUGAAGGUGAUUGUAUGUGCAUUGUAUAUAUAUGUAUAUGUUUGGGUGUAAAUAUUUAUGUAUACAUGUGCUUUAUAUGUGUGGGUAUGAAUAUAUUUUUUAAACGCUGCUAAAACAAGAGGUUUUGGAGGGCUUGCCAUAAUAGUGAUAACAGUGGUUCAUGUCUGAUAACAUACAUGAACUAUAAAAAAUUUUCUCUAGAAGAGGCACAAAGCUCAGAAUUACCAUGACAACAUGGUAGCAUAACAUCCACAGGCAUUGUUUCUAAAUCCAUAGCACUGCUCUCAAAUUACCUUAGCCAGUACAAGUUCAAUAAGAAGCAUAAGAUUUUAAACUCUCUGAUUAGAAUUGUAAAUUAUUCUGGGAUAGCUGAGCUGAGUCUUAAAAAGCAAAAUUGGUCUACAUAAUCAUUUUUUUCUCUAUGGUAUGUGUAAGAAAAUAAAGUAGAGGGAUACAGCAAUAUACUAAAAAUAGUGGAUUUUCCUGAGUGAAUUUGCUAAAAAUGCAGGAAAAAAGUUAGCACCUUGGAAGUAUGUUAUACACCCUCUUUUUCAGGCAAACUGCUUACAUUUGGCAAACAAUAUAGACAUUUGAAAUGGACAGUAAUCUCCUUAACACUAAGAAGAAAGACUAAAUACGUAGGUCUCUGAACUGUGAAACUCAAUAAAAGAAGGUACUAUUUGAGACUCCAGCCAUGCAUUUUGUAUCAUUUCCCCAUGAGGAUUGCUGGCUGUGAGCUCAAUUAAUGUGCAUGAAGCUAGGUGCAACAGUUCUUAGUUCAUAGAUCACUCACUCUUUUGGUAAAAGCUCAAAUGUGUCUUCUAGAUAAUCUUAAAUCAUCCUGUCUAGCUGGUCUGUUUAAAAUUACGUGGUGCUCUGUAUUGUGGAACUUUAAAAAUAUUUUGAAGCAUAUGUAGUAUAUGCAUUGCUAUUUGUAUAUAUGUGAAGAAUGUGUGAGAACAACAGGAGAGACUCACAGAAGAAUCUCCCAUUUGUCCUAAGACCUGUUGAUCCCCGUGUCUGGUGAGACUUCUCACUUCUGUGGUCUGGGAUUUCACACAUGGCUCAGCUCAAGGCACCCACUUCUUUUCCAUUCUUACCCUUGAAUUCUUUAUACUUUUCUCAUUAUAUAAUGUUUUGAAAAUUAUGAUAAAAAUUCCUCUAACUUCUUGCAUUGUCUGCUGCUGAUUUGAUAAAAAUUACUCCCCCAACCAGAAAUUCCAUUACUUGAUUUGUGUUUCAUUUCAUAUAUGCAGCCUUUGCUUCCAUUUGCUUGUCUUGUUUCUUUUCUCUUGCUUUUCUGAAUCAAAUCCUCUUUCACUUUUUUUUUUUUUGAUGAAGAAGCAGUGUACAGAAGCAAACUCUUGUCCUCACUAUUGAUUCUUUAAUUAAUUUGAGCCAGAACACUUCGCUGUCUUCUUGGCACUUUCAGGAUUUCCUAAUGCUGAUAUGCGAUGGACUCUAUGACUGGAAUUUUUGAAGCAAGUUCCUAAAGCCUGUAUCAUUCUUAAAGGUCACAUGUACCUGUUGUGAAAAUGUGAAACUGUAUUUCUGAACCUGAAAUAAAUGACCACGUUUGAAGGACUUCCCCCUUCCUCAUUCUUGUACAUAUUUGAGUCAUGUCUAUUCAUAUCAGUAAGAUUUGAGACUUCUAAAUGUUUAUAACUCUUUUUUAAUUGAAUUGGCCCAGAAUUACCAAUGUGACGAAUGAUAGAAUUUGGCAUUACUGGCAUUACUUUGGAGAAGGACAAGAUUUUUAAAGGGAGUAAAUUAGACAAAUCAAAGGUGGGAAAGUGGGAGAUGUUUGUACUCCUGAUUUGGAGUCACUGUUGGGAGUAGGUUAAUGGACACAAACCUGCAACAGCUGGAGGAUGUGGUAUGACACUUUCCAAGAGGCAUAUAUAGUAUAUGCAUUGCUACUAUUGAAAAGAAACUGUUUAUGAAAAACCCUGGGAAGUUGAAGGAGGAAAAAUGCUCUGCCCAAAUGUUAGGCCCAGAGAGGACAUUUCUUAGAGGAAAUAAUUGAGCUCCUGACUCAAUGGUUGGCCUCCAUUGUUUACUCAUUGAGCAUUGAGGGGAGAAGAUACCCCUUCCUAUUUCCUCAAUAUUAAGAGAAUAGAAAAGUGUUCAGUGGUUACACAUCCCUGCCCUGAGUUUCCAGGGAAUAGAGAAAGACUCUUAUGUUCCAAGAGUUUUGAUGAGAGGUUCCUUAUCCACAUGCACAGUCCCAGACUGGGCCAUCGAAGAGCAGAAGACAAGAAGGGGAUAGGAGGAGAGAAAUGCUGGCUUCAUUUCCCACUGUGUUUAGGAUAUGCUCACUGUGAAAAGAAGAACUGGAAAGAUUAUUGUGUUAAUCCAUGCUUUCCUAUUAUAACUUCUUUCUUAUAUCUAUACAUUUUCCAUGAGUGUAGACAUCAGUGCUUUCAAAGGAAGUUUCUUUCUGGAGGAGAGGGUCAGGGUGAGAAAAAUGCUGUGCACGUUGUGUGUGUGUGUGUGUUUGCUGCAUGAUUUCUACAUUCAGAAUAGUUUCUAGUGGGAAUUAACCAAACCAAAAGGCUUUACUAUAACUUUUUGGCAAUUUGACAUUUGUAUUUUUAAAGUAGUUUUGGCACCAGGAUAAAUCUGCUCGAUUCAUUUUCAAGAUUCUUAGGGGUUUUUUUGCUGCAAUCUUUAAAUUUCAAACUAAGAGACAUAUCUGGUACUUCAGUUAGAUGGGUGUCAUACCCUACUGUCUAGUACUUCAGCACAGCCCUGGAAUUGCCACUUUGAAGACCAUUUGUUGGUGUUCUUGCACACUGUGGCAGCCUAAUAGUUAGAAUACAUGCAAGAGAUGUUAACUAAGACUACAGCCUUAAUUCAGAGUUUCCCAAAGUCCAUUCUGUGAGAUUUUAAUAAGUUUUACAACCAUAUGCACCAAGAGGGUCUUGAUUAAAUAUACUUGGAAAAUGAUGACUAGAAAUUAAAUGUUUCUUUGCUGGAAAACUUUAUGGUCACUGUGAUAUCAGAUUGCAUUGUGCAUCUCUAAGCAGAUUAGUGUCUACAUGUUUCUCAGAUGUAUUUGACCAUCGGCGCUGUGUUCACAGAGCCUCCACAGGAUGAGUGUUCCGAGGUGCUUGCCUUAGGAAACACUGCCUCAGUGGCUUUGGGCCAGAGGGAAAAGGCACUGAGUGACAUUAUCCCAGUGCAGACUGUCACCAACAGAAAGUUGGGGGCUAAAAUCAAAUGUAACAGUUACCAGAGCCCCCAACCGAGGAAGAUCCUUCUGGAGCUCUUGUGCUCCGGGGCAGGAGGUCACACAGGAACACAAGGCGUGAAAGCAGGUUAGAGAUGUACAUGAUGUGAGUCUUAGUGAGCCUUGUGGAGGGCACAGAUAAUUUCCAAUAUUACCUUUUCUCCCUCUGCAAAAAAGAGCGCCUUUAAAUAAAUUGCAUUACUGUCAUUAUCUUCUCAUAAAGGAAAGGAUCCAGGUUGAUUUACAGUUAAGGAUCAUCAGAGAAGAGCUGAGGAGAAUGCCUGUUCUUACGGCUUCUCACCUGUCAUUUUCCCAAGCCCGCAGGCCCUCCUCGCUGCUCUGGGGUACUAAGUCAUCUAACGAUGGUCAAAGAAAGCAAGCAGAGAAUGUCUUGUGAUAUUUUAACAGAAAAGAAAAAAAGUUGUAAGGAAGACCUUCCCAGGGAUCUUGCCAGAGGAAUGUCACUGUAAGAACAGAUUGCCUCCUGAGGCAGAUCCACGAAAAUGUGGGUAAUUCAUCAUACUUAUCAAUAAUUGAGUCUGUUCUAUGUGACUUAUGCCCAUGUUCCAUAUGUGGCUUUGUUCCCAUUUUGAUCAAACAAUUCCCUGAAGAUAUUUUUCAGAAAGCUUGAAAAGGCAUGACCUGAAAUUAUAAUCUUGAUUAGGUAGAUUUGCCUGAAUGGUGAAUACUAGGAUGCUGAGCUUUAAGAUUUGUUAGCCGCUCAGUGUUCCAAACCUUUCAGUACUUGAGCUUUUGUACUGGGAGCAGCAGCAGUAUGAGGUCCCUUUGUAGCUCUUCAUAUCAAAAGCCCAAAUAUUUGCAGCACUCUCCUUCAAGCACUUCAGCAUCAUGUGGAGGAAGAUCUAGAGAAGAAAUAGAAAAAACCUGAACUGCCAAGACGCAUGAUGGAAUUAACUCUGAGCCACUACCUUGGAUCAUCAUCAGUGAUGCUUCCUUGGCAACAAGGGAAAAUCAGAUACAGGAUAAGUGAAGAAUAGAAAGGGACUGUCUGGGGUGAUAAAUGUCACUCUGAUGUUUGAAGCAAGCAGUCUCGCCGCUGGUGAAGUGCAUUCUGGGUCUGUGGAUCAGCACAUCAGACUAGCUCACACAGGGAAGUGCUUGGUGUGUGCUAACAGAGUGUCCCUUCAGUGCUGUGGACUCUCCGUUCAGCUUACUGGCUCACCUCCCCACACUGCCGAGGUAAUUAAAGUGUUCUAAAGGUCCUUCUGAGCUCAAAAAAUCGUUUCUGUUUGCUGGGCAGGUGAUAAAUCUCAUUGAGCCCGACAGAAAUUUAAUUAUGCUUUCCUCAUGAAAACACAGGGUUACCCACUACCUGGAUCUGUAAAGCUAAAGGCUUGCAGACCCCCUGAAGUUGGAAGGUCACUAGUAGCAAGUUCUUCAUCAUUUAAAUGGAUGGGGGGCCUCCUGAGUGUAACCAGCUUAAAUUGAACCAAAGAAAAAUUGGUCUUGGACUUGGAGGAAAGUAAGAUCAUUUUUUACCACUGCUCAGAAAUAGCCUGGUCAGUUGCUCCGGUAACAUCUCAUGGAAGAUUAAAAGAAGCCUGUUUUCAUUUUUGUUCUUGUUUUGUUUUCUGUAGAGUUCAUUGCUCCACUCACUGAAGCAUUACCAGAGUCAGAUGGAAGUGAGCGUGUUAUGGACACCUGGAUGAGUAGUCAGAGAGAAGUCCCACAGAGAGCGGAGUGCUGAGCUAACCUCACGGUUCUGUGGUUGGCCGUAAUGUUGAGCUCAUUACCAAUUCGGUUAGAAAGAGGAAAUUAAAGUGUAGACACUGCUGGAAAGCAGUGGGGAAGCUCCAUCGGCCUGCUGUUGGCCCGCUUCAGGCUGGUGGUUGCACUGUAGAGAUUGCUGUGUCUUCCCAAGCAGCCCAUAAUCCAGGAAGGCUGAAGUCAACUCUGGCCCCUUAUUCCAUCACCCAUGGGUCUUGCAAGGUGCAAGCUGGGCUAGGGACAUGGAGAAAAAUCUAGCAAACCGAAUCUCACUCACGCUGGACCCAGUAAGUCAAAACUUCCUUGGCACCCAACUCCAAGAUAGCAGGAAGUGCUGUAAAACCCCGGGGUCACCAUGGACAAGAGCGAGCCCUGUGGUUUUCUGGGCCCUGGAAAGGCUAUCGAGAUAGUUAUCUGAACCAAAUUCUUACUUACAAACCCUUUCCUCAAGAUGGACCCUUGACAUUUUCUGCAUUGUGACUAUAUUGCUUUUGUUCUCUUGACACUUUCUAAUUUCGGUCAUCUUUGAAGUAUUUCACCCAUCAUAUUUCUGUAUCAAUUCCCUAUCCUCCAUGGAGAUUUCACAUUUAUUGAAAUCUUUAGAAAGAAUGGAAUGUCACAAAGUCAGGGUUGGGAAACACUCAGCUUAUAAAGGUGUUUGGCUCCAGCACUACUCCCAGUUCUGAAUAUGAUUGCACGGAUCUGUCAUUCCAUGGUUCAAAACAAUACACCUUUGGAGCAGCCUCAAAUGGCUCACCCAUAGCACGCUGCUGACAGCCAGGAAAAGCCUGGGUACUGCUAACCGGGCUACGUGUCCUUUCACUUCCCCUGCAUGCCUGCAUGUUUUUUGUCUGACUUGAACUUGACUUUUGUGGUAUAUUUUUGCAUGCUCUUAUUUGGAUUUGUUUUAUAAUUGAAAUAUUUUCUUCUGCUGCAUCUAUGUGUUUCUUUUUGUUAUUUUGUUUUGUUUUGUUUU